CCAUUGAAAAUAAAUGGGGAAAGUUGGACGUCCAUGGCCGUCAAUGGCAUCGACUCACAUAUGCGUCAAUGGAAUCCCAAGUACAUUGGCAUCAAUAGAAUCGACAUACAUGGCCGUCGAUGGUAUUAACGUGCUUAGCCCCCAAAUACCGGUACACGGACUACUGUAGUUCGAUUUUACUAUAGAAAGUGCAGUUCCACUCGACGUCCGCACCGUGUCGCCACUUUACCCCAGUUCCAACCAAUUUCCGAGGUGAGCAUGAGUGUACAGGAUUUGAGAAACAAUUCUUAAAGCAAUAUUUGCAUCUAAUGAACGGACACAUUUAAACGAGAUAAUUUCGCCAAAGACUCGACAAAGCUCAGAUUUUUUUCGUCGCCGCGCAGUCAUGGCUCUGAUUGGUUGUGACGUCACUGUGCUCUCGAGUGAAGUGUGUUCGUGGCGGUGGCGGCGGCGGCCAAGAAGCGAAUGCCUCAGUGCGGCUUGGGGGGGCCACCCGACGUGUUUCGAUGACAAAGUGCAACAUGGAUGCGUUUAAAGACAUUUCAGUUGUUCUUGUGCACGAUAACGAGUCACACUGCUGCCUUGUAAUGCGUUCACGGGGUUGAAGAAGACUUGGAUACCUUGUUCAAGGUUGGCAGUCGUGCCUGAGAUGUGCACCAUCUAAAAGCCUGAGAGGAUCAACCCGGGCGUCCUCAAGGAAUAAUGGGUAACCACCUGAGUGACAUGGCGCCCCCCGGCUCCUUCCUGCUUGGCUUCCAGUGCCUGCACGUGGUAGUGAUCGGGCUGGACUCUGCCGGCAAGACCUCUCUGCUCUAUCGGCUUAAGCUGAAGGAGUUUGUGGAAACCAUCCCCACUAAAGGCUUCAACGCAGAGAAAGUGAAGGUGCCGGUGGGCAGUUCGCGGGUCGUCACCUUCCACGUGUGGGACGUGGGCGGCCAGGAGAAGCUGCGACCUCUGUGGAAGUCCUACACGAGGCGCACCGACGGCCUGGUGUUUGUAGUGGAUGCUUCUGAAAUUGAGCGCAUGGAGGAGGCCAAGGUGGAGCUUCACAAAAUCAGCCGCAGCUCGGAGAACCAGGGCGUGCCUGUGCUGAUCCUAGCCAAUAAGCAGGACCUGGCUACGGCACUACCAGUGAGUCAGGUAGAGAAACUGUUGGGAGUGCAGGAACUGAGCGCCGGAACUCUACGCCACGUGCACAGCUGCAGUGCCGUGGAUGGCCACGGUGUGCAGCAAGGCCUGGAGAAACUCUAUGACAUGAUCAUCAGGAGGAAGAAGAUGGUCAAACACAGCCGGGGCAGGAGGAAAUGAAGAGAGCGGAUGUGGAAGAACAAAAAAAAAAAAAAACCCACACAAUUCAGAGUAACCGUCACCUGCCACACAUAGUAAAAAUUAAUGACCCCCCACAUCUCUACUUUUUGUUUUCUUUUUAAAGAAUUUCUGAUUGUAAUCAUAAUAGUACUGGAAACUUUUUAAGCAAAGUACAACCUAAAAAAAAUACUUGGCUCUACAAGUACCACCAUCAUGACAAACGUUACAAUUCAGAACUGUCAUAGCCUGAAGUAUUCUUAAAAACGAGGCAGAGGUUGUUUCCUAAAACUAGAAUAUUUUAAGCUAUAAAAACAAGGCAGAGGUUUUAUUUAGUGUUGCACCGAUACUUUUUUGGGCUUCUGGUACAUUUUCCCAGAGGUGGGUAGAGUAGCCGAAAAUUUUACUCAAGUAAGAGGAGUGUUACUUCAAAAUAAUACUACUAAAGUAAAAGUAGUCAUCCAAAAAAUGUACUCAAGUACAAGUAAAAAAGUAUUUGGUGAAAAGAAGACUCAAGUAAUGAGUAACAUUGUGAGUAACUGCUUAUAUGUAUACAUUUUUUUGUAUUUUUUUUUCUGAGCACAGUUAUCUAUAUGAACUGUUAUAAUGAUACUGUCCAAUAACCUAUUGCAUAACCUUACUAAGCCAAACAACCCCCCCGCCCCCCAAAAAUUUGAAUUCCGACGAGAGAAAAAAAAAUACAUAAAUGAAGCAUUAUUCGUCCAAAGACCAUGAGUGCCCUCUGGUGGAAAAAAAUAGUUCCUAGUUUGAAUAGUGAAAAGUUUAUUCAUAAUUACUAUUUCAUAAUUACUAUUUUGAAAUUAAAAGGAUCAUAUCAUUGGUUUUCCGUGGUCAAUCAGUGCCAAAUAAAAGAGGUUAAAAUCCGCGCUUUCGAGUCAUGUUGAGGGCAGCGCUCUAUAUCACUUACUUCAUGUUUUACUUUGCUUUAAAGACAAACAAAGUAUUGAAUAGGCUGGCGUGAAGAUAGAACAGCAAGCUUGUGUCUGAUUGGUAUAAUGGAGUCAUGUGAUUAUUGUUGCGACGUCUCAUUGGUGAAAUCGGUAAAGCUACGCUAGGCAUCGCUGUCUUAAAAAACAUAAUAAAUCUAAUAUGUAGAAUAAAGAGGUAAAAUGUAACAAUUCUUGUGUAGGCCAAAGUAGCAAAGUAAGAGUAGCAUUUUUCAUCACAAAUAUACUUAGGUAAAAGUAAACAGUAUAGCUUAAAACUACUCUUAGAAGUACAUUUUUUUCAGAAAGUUACUCAAGUAAACGUAACAGUACAUGUAACGCGUUACUACCCACCUCUGGUUGCCACCCUCCCACUUCAAAUGGCUUGGACGUCUACUAGUAAUAAAAUCAUCUAAGAUUCACAUCAGAAGGGUGGUAGAUGCCUCACGAUUGGACUAUCACUAAAUUAUUAUUAUUAUUAUUUUUUUUUUUUUUUUUUACAGGAGCGUGCUUAGCUGCUGGUGGCCAUCUUGGGUAGUGUUACCGGAAGUUGGAAACUAUAUCUCGAAGAGUACAUAAUGCGUUGCCUCGUCACGUUAUUUCUUAGUUCUCUCCGAUAAAGAUGACUUACCGUAUUGGCCCGGUUAUAAGACGACCCCCUCUUUUUCAAGACUCAAGUUUGGGGAAAAAAGGCUUUUUGAACACCAAAUUAAUUUUUAUACAGAAAAUAAUUACAGUACACCCGAAACAAAUGAUAAUAACAAUAUAUUCGAGAGAAAAAGCAUGUUAUUUUGCCUCAUUCAAAUCUUAAUAUCUGAACAUUUAAAUAUGUAAACUAAAGUGCAAUCACAUUCGUAAAUGAAUGGCUUCUGGUUUUUGAAAUGUAAAUAAACCAAUCUAUUGUGAUAAAUCAACAAAAUUGCAAUAACUGCAUUAACCAUCAAAGUGAAGUCUAACUGUAACCGUAGUAUUGAAACAAAUCUGAAUAAAGAAAAACAUUGAAAUGCAAAUAUUGCAAACUGGUUAAAACUUCAGAGUAGCUGAGAUCUGUCAUGACAGAACAUCGCUUCAAUUAUAUCUGGCGCCAUCUAGCGUCGUGAAUGGGGAGAGUAGCUGAGAUCUGUCAUGACAGAACAUCGCUUCAAUGAUAUCUGGCGCCAUCUAGCGUCGUGAAGGGGUAUAAUAUCUAGACCGCGAAUAUAAGUCGACCCCCUCUUUUUCAGUGUUAUUUCAAUGCAAAAAACACAGUCUUAUAUUCGGGCCAAUACGGUAAUUACGGUAAUUUUAGUGCCAUAUCAAUAUUGAUGAUGUAAUUUUAGUGCCGUAUUGUUCCGAUACUAGAAUCGGUGCAACACUAGUUUUGUCAUGCAGUUUCAACAAUAUACAGUAUGAGGUAAGUCUCAUGAAACAUUCGCGAAGUUGUCUCUGCCGUGACAUAAAAAGAGCAGAUCAGUAAAUUGUGAUGCAUCAAACAUACUUCCUGUACUUCCUUCUUGUAAUUCAGGGCUUUGAUUGCAUUUUUGAGUAACAUACAGUAAAUAGUGGAAAAGAUGAGCCCUAAAAUUUUCAGCAAAUAAUGGGACAAAACAGAGCUUCAGACAGGUACUCAUUGUUGGCAUUUCGCUGAAGUUUGACUGCGGAAGUAUGAUUUUCAUCCACUAAAUUUGCUGACUUUAAUGGAAAAAAAACUUAUACAUUUAUUUGAAAUGUAUAGGAAUGUUUUUCUGUUGUUGAAAAAGCCCUGUUGUUUGGUACAAUGCACAGUUGAGCUCUUCAAAUAUUUAUCAUUGGAAUAAGGCAAAUUAGUGGAAAUGUGAAAAUUUACUGUACUUUACAAGUCAAUUUACAUUGUAAGUGGCUACUAAAAAGCCUUAAGCCCUGAGGUAGGUUCCAAAAAUA